AGCGGCGCUUACGACUGGCCCUUUAAGAUGACGUUUAAAGGCGGAAGUGAAGCAAGCACUUCCGCAAACAAAACAAUAUUGGUGCGCAAUGAGUGAGUGUGCUUCAACCAAAUAACAUUUCCCAUUUCCGUUGAGGAAUUCCGAGUCCGCCAUGCUUCAGCUAAACGACACGGUGGAGCCGGAGAGUCCCGGGGCCGCUGUUCUCCACCCGGCCGAAGUCGAGGAAGGAGUGGAGGUCGCCUUCACGCCGCCGGAGGCCGGGCGGAGCCUGGGACACGGAGUCACAGCAGCCUGCUGCCGGCCGCUGCAAACGCUGACGCCUUUUCACGUGCACAACCCCACCAUGCAAGCCAAAGUCAAGGACUAUUUUGUGUUCCGGCCAGGUACCAUCGAGCAGGCAGUCAGCGACAUCCGGACUGUGGCUCUUCCAUCUGAGGAUGGAGAGGUGCUAAGCGUCUGGCUUCUGGCUCAGAUUGACCACUGGAAUAACGAGAAGGAGAGACUUGUCCUCAUAACAGACAGGUCCUUGCUGGUGUGCAAGUACGACUUCAUCAACUUGCUGUGUCAGCAGGUCGUGAGAAUUUCGCUCAACGCCGUCGACACCAUCUCAGUGGGCGAGUUUGAGUUCCCGCCCAAAUCCCUCAACAAGAGAGAAGGUGUUGGGGUUCGUGUCCAGUGGGACAAAUGUCCCCGGGCCUCCUUCUUAAACCGCUGGAACCCGUGGUCCACAGAUAUGCCCUACGCCACCUUCACGGAGCACCCCAUGGCCCACGCUGACGAGAAGGUGGCCUCCCUCUGCCAGCUGGACAACUUUCGGACCCAACUGGUGCAGGCGGUGAAGAGAGCCCAAAAGGAGCACCCCAUCCCCGGUCGGGCCAACGGAGUCCUGAUUCUGGAGAGACCCCUCCUCAUCGAGACCUACCUGGGCAUCAUGUCCUUCAUCAACAAUGAGGCCAAGUUGGGCUAUUCCAUGACCCGAGGCAAGAUUGGUUUUUAGAGACAGUGGCUCCAAACGGGAGCAGCCUUGGGUUUUUUUUUCUUCUUCUUGUGUUUGCAGCUCAGAGCUCGUAAAAAUGAUACUCCGCAAGUUGUUUGUAGCAGACAGGUGGUCAGCCAGCUGAAGACUCGCAUGGACUGUCUCUUCAUUUGUUCUAAACACCCCAGCCCCCGUUCCUUUCGAGAGCUGCCAUACUUGCAUGGGCCCCUCAACUGUACAGGUAUGUGACAAAUGUCGAUGAGGAAAAACGACAACAGCGUUUGCGUCUGCCUUUUUGUUUUCUUCUUCUGUAUUUGUCCUCAAAUGGGUGUGCUGCAGUCUUCUGCUCCUUAUUUGGGCGUUAACUGUUACAAAACGGCGUUCAGUGCCAAAGAUGUGUCGUGGCUGUGUGCCUGCGGUGAUGAGUACUGUAUGUUCAAUGAAAUGAAGCGAUCAUGAGACCACCGGGUGGGUUCGUGGGAAGGGAACGAGAGUCGUCCUGAAUGUCAAGUCGUCACAUGAUUAAGUGGGAUAAAGCCUGGCUCAUAGGGGAAUCGAUCAUGAUUUGCUCUUUCUUAACCACUCCGCUUGUUUACUGAGGAAAAGAAGAAAAUAUUCUUCACGCUGGGAAAAAUAAAGAAGCCAAGGUCA